GGUGGCGAGCGUAACUGUGGAGUACAUGAGCUGAUCUGCAUCCGAAAAGUCUCUCCAGAAGUUCUUGGUUUCCUGUCAGCUAUUGGAAUCUUCAUCAUCCUUAUGACCCUCCUGUUUUGGUACAUUAAUAACAAGUUGGCAGUCAAGAACCCAGGGAGCCUUCAGUGCCUUGAUGACUUCAGGAAAAGCUCAGAUCUUCAAGAGAAGAUCUACUCUGAUGUUGACCUGCAAGACUCUUCAUCGGACAGUGAAGAUGAGCUGAUGGGUCAGUAUCAGGAAGCAGUCAGCCGCUCCCAAGUCCUCCGCGGAGGUUCAGCCUCCAAGGCCAAACAAUUAGCGGGACUCACCUGGGACAGUUGUCAGAAGUACAGCCCUCUGACCUAUGAUGGCUACAGCAGUGAAGCUUCAGUUAAUGGAGUCAACUGCAUCCAGAGGAUGAGGCGAACACCACCAUUGGAUGAACUACAGCCACCACCCUACCAGGAUGAGAAUGGAUCUCCGCGCAUGUCCUGCACGCUGUCUGAUCUGGGCGACGCAAAGUGCGACAUGUCCAACACCAGCGGUAGUCCCCACCUUUCCUUCGGCAAGUGCCCCAGUGAAGGCAGUGAUGGACACGAAACAGAAAGUUACCUCAACAAGGGGUACGAGGAGGAUGUACCCAGCGACAGCACUGCCAUACUUAGUCCAGAGGACAUAUCAGCCCAUGGUUCAGCAGCACAGCUCCCGAAAGCUUAUGAUCCAGAUCCGUUUUCAAAAUAUGGCACCCUGGACGUGGUGUUUGACUAUGACCCAGAGGAGCAGCAGCUGGCGGUAACAAUCAUGGCCAUAACAGACCUCCCCGGCCUUAAACACAUUGGCAGCAUCUCCUGGCAGGUUCACCUGGUGCUGCUACCCACCAAAAAGCAAAGGGCAAAGACAGGUGUUCAGAGAGGCCCUUGUCCCAUCUUCACUGAGACCUUCUGUUUUAGCCAUGUUGAGUCUGAGAUGAUCAGCAAUUACGCCCUCCGAUUCCGCCUUUACAGCAUGCGACGGAUGAAGGAGAAAGUGCUUGGAGAAAAGGUGUUCUACCUCACCAAGCUCAACCUUCAGGGCAAAAUGUCUGUACCUGUCAUAUUAGACGCAUGCUGUGGACUCCCAGGUGGGGACUCCCAGGUCAGCCUGUCUGAUAUGACGUAUAGUGAAAGCGCCUUGUCGUUCCAGUCAGCCAGUCAGACUUCCACACCGGAGAUCCUGGUGGGUCUGGAAUACAACGCCACAACAGGACGUCUCUCUGUGGAGGUCAUCAAAGGCAUCCACUUCAAAAACCUGACUGCCAACAAGCCACCCAAUGGGCUGUUCUGUUGCCUAAAACAUUUGAUAGGCGGACAGGUGUAUAUAAUCAGAGAUACAUACGUUAAGCUGACCUUACUGAACUCCAUGGGCCACGAGAUGUCCAAGUGUAAGACGUCCAUCUGUCGAGGUCAGCCCAACCCAACCUACAAAGAGACGUUCAUCUUCCAGGUUGCCCUUUUCCAGCUUUCAGAUGUCACGCUAAUCUUGUCCAUCUACAACAAGCGCAGCAUGAAGCGCAAGGAGAUGAUUGGUUGGAUUUCACUUGGCCUCAACAGUUCUGGGGAGGAGGAGCUCACUCAUUGGAAUCAGAUGAAGGAGUCGAAAGGACAGCAGGUUUGCCGCUGGCACAGUCUGUUAGAGUCCUAACAGCAAAAGAAUCACAAAUCCAGAUGAGGAGAAGUAUGCAG